CUGUGUUUGGGUAAGGAGGGCUAACAUGGACUCUUUGUGUCUUUUUAUUCUCCUAAUACUUCAGUGUUUGCAGCGGACAACUGCCCCUGCUGCUGAGGAAAUUACCUGGACAUACACUGGCUUGGUGGGUCAGUCUGAGUGGUUGCAGUAUUUCCCCGACUGUGGUGGGACUGCUCAGUCCCCCGUUGAUGUGGUAACCACCCAGACUAAAUAUGACCCCGGUCUGAUGCCUCUGACCCCACUGGGCUACAGUCAGCAUGGCUACAAGCCCUUCACUCUCUACAAUAACGGACACACAGCGGUAAUCGAGUUGCCAGACUGGAUGGGACUGGGGGGGCUGCCCUGGCUCUUUACAGCUGCACAAAUGCACCUCCACUGGGGCAGCGGCGGCCCAAGUCACGGGGGCAGCGAACACACCAUCAACGGGCUGAGUGCGGAUGCAGAGCUGCAUGUGGUGCACUACAACUCUGAGCUCUACCCCAACAUGUCCACUGCCAUGACACAGAGGGACGGCUUGGCCGUUUUGGGAAUUCUCAUCGUGACGGGUGAGGAGACAAACCCGGCAUUCAACAACAUCCUCAACUACCUGAGCCGCGUCAGACAUGCUGAUCAGAAGGUGUCCAUCCCAGCCUUUGACAUCCAGUCCCUGCUCCCGAAGGAUCUGGAACGCUACUACCGCUACAACGGCUCCCUAACGACACCUCCCUGCUACCAGAGUGUGAUCUGGACUCUAUUCCAUGAGAGAGUUCAAAUCUCCAAGGCACAGCUGCUGAAGAUGGAGACAAUACUUUACUCCACCAGAGCUGAAGAAGCAGACAGGAUGCUGCUGCAGGACAACUACCGCGCCACACAGCCGCUAAACCACAGGGUCGUCUUCACCUCCUUCACUGCAGAAUCAGGGAAGGAGCUUUCCUCUGGUGAAGUCACAGCCAUAGUAAUAGGAGUGAUGUGCGGCUGUGUAGGCCUGGCAGUGAUCGUUCGUUUCAUCGUGAAGACGAUACGGAUGAAGGAACCAGAGAAAGCAAAAGAGAAAAAACAAGAUGUGGCUCUGAACGCAACCUCUGAAGGGGAAAAGAAAGAAGAACCCUCACCGUCUCCUCAAACUGAGCCCUAGCUGGCAGCACAGUUCACUCUUGGGUUUGUCCAGACAUUCACAAACGCAUUUAAAAACCACAGUGGUCACAGGACAAAUCACCUGCUGUCCGAUCACAAAACUAUUUAAAUUUUUUUUUUUCCUCACCCAAAUUCAGUGAUGUUGGCAGUCUUGUUAUCAGACAGUUUUUCUGGUUUGCACAUGAAGCACUUGGUUUAAAUAUUUGCUGGCUCUUGUAACACCUGGGAUGUGUGAUCGGUUCAUGUAAAUACUUUGUAUGAUAUAUUUUGUUGUUUUUGUUAUUGUUUAUUUGUUUCACAUUGUUCAUCCUGCCUUGAAACACACGCACACCGCACUGUAUGAAAUGUGAAUUCAUACCCAAUGUAAUAUUAGAUUUUUCUUUUCCCCCCAUUGCACAGUUUGGUAUUAAAAUACACAGGAGAGCCUAUCAAAUUAAUUCUGAAGCCAUUUAAUAUAUAAUACAUAUAAACUGAUGCUGUCCAAACAUGAGCUGAACUCAGCUGAACACACUAUGUUGUAAAUGGAUGAGUUAUAUUUAUGUACAUGUUAGAAAAGAUACUUUGGUGCCAUAUGUCAUCUUUGUCUGAUUAUUGUUUUCUUUUUUCUUUUUUUUUUUUUUUGCUGUAAAUAGGUCAUCAAUGUGGGCACCCCAUUAAAAUACUU